AUGAAUCGCGUCGCUCGACAACACGAGCCGCACGUCGAUGUGCUGCGUCAUUGCUCUCCGUCACGCUGGACCGCGCCGGCAUUCACCUUCCUUCGCCAGCGCGGUGGGAGAGGUGUCGUCCGGGGCGCGCAGAACGGCCUCAAUUGCGCGCUGCUGUCUGCGACUGCACCUGCAGCGACGUCCUGGGACAGGUCCGGCAGCACGCUGCCCGUACAGCGGCGCGCCUCCGGAGGUGUCGACGAUGGUGGAGUCGUAUUCUGGGCGCAGGCGUCAGAUUGUGAGGACCAGCAUGUCGAAGUCGGCCCGCCAGUCUGGGACGCCGAGCGGCCUCUCCUGGCCCAUGCUUGGCUCCUCUACUCCUUCUCCCAGCACCAGUCCCGUUCCGCAAAUGACAGUACCUCUAGCACCACGCACCGCUCUCCCCAAGAUCUGCCGUCCACGCCCCCCUUUGCACACUACCGCACCUCGCAUCCACUCGCUCCUUCGCACCACACGCCCCGUCUCUGCUGCUUGCCCCCACCUAUAUUACCCUACGCUCACGUUGAAGCCGCUAGCUCCCCCCCUUCUGCACGUGUCAUCAUGGCCUAG